AUGUUCAGUAGUUUAAAAAAAUUUUAUAAAUGCUCAAAACCUUAUUACUCCAAUAAAAUUAAUGAUUAUUUUAAUCCUUUGAAAUUUACAGGAAUUGUAAUUUAUGUUAACCAAGAAAAUGUUACGAAAUAUGAAAAAAGUAUCAUAAAAUAUUUGAAAACUGAUAUUGUUGGAUUUGAUACUGAAUUUGUUAUUGAUAUAAAUAAUUCUAAUAAAAAGUUUUUGAAAAAUUUUGAAAAAACUAAUUCAUUAAUUAAUAAUAUAUCUGAGAUAAACACUUUAAACAAUAUAAAAACAACUAAUAAAUUAUUAGAAAAAAAAUAUCAAAAUAAUUUAAUUAAUAAAUACAAAAAUAAAAAGAACAUCAAUAAAAUAAAUAUCUUUAAAAAAAAAAAAAAUAGUGAAAAUACAUAUGAGGAAAAUAAAAAGUUAUGCUUAAUUCAAUUAAGUUCUAACGAUAUUUGCUUUGUUUUUAAUAUUAAUAAAUUAAAAGGAAAAAUACCUCAAUCUGUUAAAGAAAUACUUGAAAAUGAUAAAAUAAUAAAAGUUUGUCAUGAUAUUAAAAAUGACAAGGAUAUGUUUCUAUCAAACAACAUUGAAAUAAAAAAUGUUUUUGACCUAUAUAAUUAUUCUAUAGAAAAUUUUAUUUAUCCACCUUCUUUGCAAUCUUUAGUAAAAAUAUAUUUAAAAAAGUUUCUUGACAAAAAUUUUAGGUUAUCAAACUGGUUAAGUGAUAAUCUAAUAGAGGAGCAAAUUCUUUAUGCCGCACUUGAUGCUUAUGCUUCUAGAGAAGUUUACAUGAUUUUAAAAAAUCAAAAUAAAGUUGAUAAAUGCAAAUUAUUUAAUUUAAAUAUUGAAAAUGAUUCAUCUGGUAUGAAAGAAAAUAUUAUAGGAUCAACAUAUGUAAAUGAAAAUAAAAAUUGUGUUAAAACAAAUGGAGAGGAAACAAAAACUGAUCUUGAAAAAAUAUGUGAUAAUACAAAAAACACUAAAAUUAGAAUUAAAGAAAUAAUAUCAUAUGAUAAUAAUUACAAUGAAAAAAAAAAAGAAAGAAAAAAAGGUUAUGAAUAUUUGGAAAAGAAUAAGUCAAAUAUAAUUAAUAAUUUGAAAAAUGAAAUAAAUAUGAAAUGCUCUAAAAUAAAUAACAUUACAUUUCUUGAAGAAAUGGUUUUUUCUAAUGAUUCUUAUAAAAACGUUUUGUAUUUAAAACAUAUAGAAAAAAAUAAUUAUUUGAUUAAACUUUCAUCCUUUAAUUAUGAUGAUGAAAUAAAUUGUUGUAAUGUAAUUUUAAAUUAUAUUAAUAAGAUGUCUUAA